ACGGGAAAUAGAAUAGAAACAAAUCAUAAUUUGAUGUUGCUGAAUGCGUGGUGGCUUCCACUCAUACAUUCGUACGGAGGGAGAGGGAGAAGCGGAGGGGCCACGAAGUUGUGAUAUCUUUGAUUAAUUUUACCUUCUCCUUCCUUUGGACGAUUUGUUUUUGAAGCUUGUUUGAUGUUUAUGCUUCAAUUAUCUGCGGCAUUGAUUCUGUGUUCUUUCUCACUUUAGAAUUCGUAUUUGAACAACAGUUUAAUUGCUCGCUUUUGCUUUGAAGAUUAUUGGGUUUACUUUUGAUUCCAUUGUUGAAAAUUUGUGAUUACGCCUGCAAUGGACGAGUUUGGGGUAUUGACAGAACGAUUUGGAUUGAAGCCGCAAGGAAAAUCGGCUCCAAUGGCCGCAUCUAAGGCACCAUCUCCUUCAAACACCUUCCAGUCCCGGAAUUCCGUGUACAAUUCGGGUUUGAACGGCAAAUCCUCGUUCGAUUCUGGUUUUGUUGAUGUAUCUUUUCAGAAAAAUACUAAACCCGAUACUUACGGAGGGCUUGAUGAUUACGAUGGUCUUUUCGGGAGUCUCAACCAGUCAACGAAACAUUCGGGGAAUUCUGGAAGUUCUCCGUCUUCUUUUGACUACGAUUCCAUAUUUUUUGGGUCGAAGAAUACAGAUCCUGCAUAUGAUGAUGUUUUUGGUGGGAUUCCCGGAUUCAAGAGCUCGGUUACAGCGAAGAAGGAGGAUCCUGUCCGAUCAUUCCCCUCGUCUUUGAAUCAGACCUCUCAAAUUGGUGAUUAUUUUGGUGAUUUUGGCAGCAAUGUGGGAAAAACUUCCCCGAAGCUGAACGGAUUAAAAAAUGCAGCAAAUAACGCAGCUCCUUUUGAUGAAUUGAUUUCUGGCUUUGGCAAUAACAACUCUCGAACUAACAGGGCAAGCAUGCCAGACAAUCUGACCCAGCAAUCAACUGUCAGUUCAGCCAAAGAUCCUUUUAUCGAACUAGAAUCGACUUCAAUACCGUCUUAUAAUUCGUCUGAAGCUUCAAAAUUUGACAGCCCCCCAAGUUCUUCCUCACCAUUCAGGAUUCCUCGGAUACCAAAGCCAGGUCAUAAGGAAGAUAAAGUUAAGAGCUCCUCUUCCUCUCCUAUAGAUGAAUUGGAUAACUUUGCUAGGGGGAAGAUGCAGAAUAACAGUGAAGGGAAAGUCAAUGCCUCAACACACAUGAGUAGAAAUCGUCAUGUUGCACAUGCUGCAGGAGUAAAUCAUCAAAAGACUGUUGACGAUCUGGACUCCUUUUUCAACGUGGGUCCUCGAUCACAAAGUGUUCCAAGGUCACAAACGACGACUCCGGAUCCUCUAUUUGACGUUCCUAAAUACAACAAACCAUCUGAAAUUCCCAAAACUGCUUCUUCUGCUGUUAAUCUUGUGGACGAUCUUUCGUCGGUUUUCGGAGAUGCUUCUUCAUUUGGACAUUUUGAAGAAGUUGCUGGGGAGAGUGAAGAAAGAAGAAGAGCUAGAAUGGGGCGUUUCCAGAGAACCCAAGAGCGUGCAGCAAGAGCAGUGGCUGAUUUGAAUCAGCGUGAUUUUCAAACACAGCAUGAGCAAGAAGAGAAGCAUAGGUUUGCUGAGACUUUAGAUGUUGAUAUCAAGCGCUGGGCUGCAGGGAAGGAAGGCAACAUUCGUGCACUGUUAUCGUCAUUGCAAUAUGUUCUCUGGUCGGGAUGCGGUUGGGAGCCAGUUUCAUUGACGGAUAUGAUUACUUCUACCUCAGUUAAAAAAGUAUAUAGGAAGGCAGUCUUGUGCAUUCAUCCGGAUAAGGUACAACAGAAGGGUGCCAGUAUUGAGCAGAAAUAUACAGCAGAGAAGGUUUUUGAUAUCCUUAAGGAAGCGUGGAAUAAAUUCAGCAAAGAGGAACUUUAGACACAACCUCGGAUGAUUGUUUCUUUUCAACCACCAUGUCACCUGCAAAGUAUGAGUACCUAAUCAGGAGACGACCAAUCUACCAUGACAAGAGCCGUCUGCUUCCUGCAGGUCAGUCUUGAGGCCAUUUGGCUGUUAAUAUUGUGUUCAACAUGUUCUCAGAGAAAGAUCUAAAAGGUCGUGACUACUUGAAAAUUUUAUUCCAUGGGCUAAAUCAUAGUUUCAUACUUCGAAAUAAUGCUGAUAAUUCUUUAAAUUUGCGCCAGAUUCAUUGCUAUUGUAGAGUAUUUCUUCCAUUUUCCUCUUUCUUUCUUCUGUAUACUGUAUUCGGUGAAGUGUACAUUCAAACCAUUUGUAUGAUCUGUUGUAAGAGUAUCCUUGAAUUGUGUAACCUUGGGAAACUUUUUAAAUUAACCUUUGUAUUCUUUUUCCCC